AAGCCGGUGUAUAGAUCCGCGGCCGGGGACCGGUGGCAGGAUAAGACGUUAGGGGACUGGCCGGAGAACGAUUACAGAAUCUUCGUCGGCGACUUGGGCACGGAGGUGAGCGACGACCAUCUCGCGAGGGCGUUCGGGAAGUACGCGAGCUUUCAAAAGGCCAGAGUGGUGAAAGAUAAGACGACGCAGAAGAGCCGAGGGUUCGGGUUCGUGUCGUUCAUGGACAGCGCGGACUACUCCAGCGCGAUGCGAGAGAUGAACGGCAAGUACAUCGGGAACCGCCCGUGUAAGCUGAAGAAGAGCGACUGGGCGCAGCGG